UUUCCCUUGAACCAGGAAGUCCUUUGGGCUCGCAGCGCGCAAUGUUGUGGUUGUUAUGCCUGCUGGCAUUGCUAGCAUGUUCGCAUGCUCAAACCUCGAGUAUAUGUUCUCAAGCCACCGCUACAAUCAAUUCGCAAGCAGAUGCAACCUCCUUAGCUGACUGUUCGACAAUAUCCGGUUCUGUACUGGUGUCCUCAAGCGCAUCUGGGGUGAUCUCUAUCGAUGGACCACAAACUAUCACCGGUGACUUGACAUGCGAAAAUGCGGGUGGUUUGACCAGCCUAGGAAGCAUAACGAUCGGGACAAUUGGAGGCUCUUUUUCACUAAGCAACCUGACGCUCCUCUCUACACUUUCUAUGAACGAUUUGAGCUCCGUCAAAACAAUCGCGUGGAGUGCUCUGCCAGCCUUGUCAUCCCUUACCUUUCCAUCUACCGUCAGCCAGGUGGAAAGUAUAACGAUCUCUAAUACGUUCUUGAGUUCGCUCGACGGACUCAAUCCGAGCACCAUUGCGACUUUGAAUGUCAACAAUAAUGAGCGUUUGAAAACAUUCAGCACCCAAGUCGCCAGUGCCUCUUCUGCAAUUAAUUUCAACAGUAACGGGAACGGCCUCGACUUGUCAUUUCCAAAUCUCAUAUGGGCAGCCAAUAUAACAAUUAGGAACGUAUCUUCUCUAGACGUACCUUCGCUCUCAACGGUCAACGGCUCAAUUGGCCUUUAUGGCAACGACUUCACCGAAUUUACAGCCCCAAAUCUAACGACUAUCGGCUCCACGGCCACGGGAUCAGGAACCCUUGCUUUAGUACAGAAUCCAAGCUUCACUGACCUUUCCCUGCCUCUACUCAAAACCGUGGGCGGCGCGGUACAGGUAGCCAACAACCAGGAGCUACAGACCAUCUCUUUUCCCGCACUAGCGACUGUUGGAGGGGCUAUUGAAUUUUCUGGGAACUUCUCUACCCCGAACUUACCAGCCUUGACGGAUGUGAAAGGGGGUUUCAAUGUCCAGAGUACCGCCUCAAUCGAUUGUAGUGCUUUUGCAGCAGACGAACAAAGCAAGGUGAUUCAAGGCACUUUCGUUUGUAAGGGCUCGUCCGGCUCCACUACUACGACGGGCGGGAUAACCAGUUCUGGGACACCUACACCGACUUCCUCCUCUAACUCCACCUCCAAUACAUCGACCUCAUCUCCCACAACCUCUCCCACGAACUCCCCACCACCGAUCAAUAAUAAUAAGUCAUCGGGACUCUCAGGAGGCGCUAUAGCGGGCAUCGUUAUAGGCGUUGUCGUGGCCCUUAUUAUCGCGGCGCUCAUCUUCUGGGCCCGGAAGAAAGGAUACAAGUUCUCAUUCGGCAUCACAAAGAGGGAAGUCGAUACAGGGGUACCACAUCCCGGAAUGGCCGAGCUGCCGAGAGGAGGACAUCAUGAGAAGACAGAGUUGUCGGCUGUCACGCGACCGAGCGAGCUUUCGGCGGCGAGGCUAGAUGGACCUAUGUCGGAGUCGUAUGAAUUACCUGCACAUGCGAGGGAGGGUGGUUGAUGCUUUGUAUAGGCCAAAUUUGAAGGACGGGAGGAGGAUUUAAUGAUACCCAUGUAAUAUAUAGGACGACUGAGGAGGAUAUCUUCAAGAUUUAUGUAGUCUGUGGUGUGGCUUGGCACGUACGGUGUAAAUCAAAUCAAUCCUCUAAAGCGGGGUGAUGGAAUGCUUGGCUUCCUACCCUUCGUGCAGGCAGGUCAAUCGACAGACGUCAUACCAAAUUCG